CAGGUGCUGGGAUUAAAGGUGUGUGCCACUAUUGCCUGGCUUCUAUGGCUAACUAAGUGGCUUAUCUCUACACUCUGAUAUUCAGGCAAGCAUUAUUUGUUAUAGCAUAAACAAAAUAUCACCACAGGCUCUGCUUCCAACGGACCUUAGGGAUGAAGGCUGCCGGCGUCUUGGCCCUGAUUAUUAGCCUCAGCAUAGUUGCAGAAUCCAAAGUCUACACUCGAUGUAAACUGGCAAAAAUAUUUGUGAAUGCUAACCUGGACAAUUACCGGGGAUUUAGCCUUGGAAACUGGAUCUGCAUGGCAUACUAUGAGAGCCACUACAACACCACAGUCCGGACCCUCCUGAAGGACGGGAGCAUUGAUUAUGGCAUAUUCCAGAUAAACAGCUUCACUUGGUGCAGGAAUAAAAGAAGACAGCAGAAGAAUCACUGUCACGUUGCCUGCUCAGCCUUGAUCACUGAUGACCUCACAGAUGCCAUUCUCUGUGCCAAGAAAAUUGUUAAAGAGACACAAGGGAUGAACUAUUGGCAGGGCUGGAAGAAACACUGUGAGGGCAAAGACAUGUCUGAGUGGAAGAAAGGAUGUGAGGUGUCCUGAUCUGGAACAGGUGCAAGGAAGCUUUGGUGUGCCUUCCCAGAUUUGUAAUGAGUAUGUAUCCCUCACAGUAUCCCUUCUCAAAGUUGGAGAGGGAUUCCAAG